CUUUUGGGGCGAAUCGUCUCAGCACGAAACGUCCUCAGGGGCGAAACGUCCCGUAUUCCGUUUAACGAUUAGAAAAAUGUUGUAGGGGAAAACAACGACUAAAAUUAAUCGAAAUGAAACUAUCGAUUAUCGUGAAAGGAUAUAUUUGUCUCGUACAGGUGUACAGAAAAUAGUGGUGUCUAAAAAUUUCUUUCCGGAAUUUAACCUUUUCGUUUUUUCCUUUUAAGCGCUCCUGUAAGUGUCGGGAUCAGUAAAAUGUUUUUUAAAUUCCGCUUCUAGUUGCCGAGCACAUCGUAAACAAUAUUGUGAACAAAUUGAGAUGGAUUUUAUGGUGCAUGGUUCGCCAACACCCAGAAAUCAUGAGAGAGGUAUCCCAGGUAACGCCAGGAACCGCCCAGGCAGUGGACGACCACAGAGUGCGAAACCAACAGUAAUCAGAAAUCCAAUAACAGGAGAAGAAAAACCAGCAUCCAGGGCUGAGGAGAGGCCAGCUAGCAGACCACAGGGUGUUCCAGCACUAAACCUCGGAGUAUUCCAGAAGGAUGAUCACAUUAUCUCCAAACCCAUUGAAUUGAUGGAUUAUCCGGAUACAGGACGGUCUGGCAUUUCCACGAUAAGUUGGGGGACACCUUGUUCAUCAGCAAGGGGUAACAUGGACAGACCCUCCAGCAGGACAGCCAGUAAGAGCAGCAAAAAUGUCCGACCAGAUAGCGUCCCAGGCCUUUACUUUGGAUACACAGAUGAUAACAAACAGAAAGUGAAAGUACAGAAAGAGAAACAGCCUACUGCCUGGGACAAGGACCCAUGUCCUGAAGAUUUACAACCUCCAUCCGAUCGGUACAAAGACAUGUACCAGCAGUAUACUGAUGACAUGAAACAGUCCUACAGGACAAAAAACCAUCCUGUCACUGAGGCAGAUGUACAUAGAGAGAUGGAAGCUGUGAAGAAAUCCCGGCAAAAAACUUACGGAGAAAUUCGAGAUGAAGUGGAAAGAGAGAGUGCGAGGUAUGAAGAGCCCGAAGACAUUCUGGACAAGAGGUGGACGCAGAAAAAAUCAUACUCCACACAACAAAUGAUGAAAAUCAUGGAUGCUGAAGAAUUAAUGGAAUUUAACAAGCAACAAAAACUGAUAGAAACUGUGAUGGUUGAUCAGCUCUCAAGGGCUGUUAUAAGUGAUCCUGAACAGAAUAUACGAACACCUGUUACGUAUGAUUCAAGACGAGCAAGGGGAAGUAACCGAUAUCUACAUGACUCCAGGGUUAGAACCAGUGCCACUGCCACAGAGAAUUUAUUGUCAAAACGAGUUCGAUUUGGUGCUAGAAUUCUUACAAGAAAUGGACAUGAUGCACUGAGAGAAUUGACUGGUUUUUAUUUCCAUAUAGACAACACACUCACAAUAUAUGAAUUCAGACAGUUUGGUAAAAGUGCCAAGGCUUCACCAUUUAUAAAGAGGGGAAAAUAUCAGGUACUGACUGGCAGCCGGAGGGGCGAGGCAUACUCACUGUUUGAUAUUUAUUCUGGAGCAAACCUGAUCAUCUCCACAGAAAACCAGCACUCUCUACCGGACUCGAUGAAGAAAGUGGACCAUGUCUACUUCAGAAUAACCGAUGUAGAUCAGGCAGCCAAACAAGAACUUGUUGCACAUGACAUGCCCACCACCUACAGGCAAGGCCUUCAGAAGUCCAGUGACACAGAUUUACUGAAAACAGUGGCAAUGGUACAAGCUGAGGUUCAGGAGAAAAUCAAGAGGCGUGGUAUAAAGACAUACACGGGACUGGGUCGUUACUACAGAGAGAGGGACGAGCGGGGAGACGCUGUAAUGUACAGAUUCCAGCUGGAGAAAGGGCUGUUCACCUACCACAUAGAUCUGGACCCGGAGUUACUAGAUGCCAUAUUUGAAGCAUUAGAUGUUGAUGAAAAGGGAGAACUAGAUUACAGUUUGUAUAUGAGGGAAGUCCUGGGUCAGAUGAACGAGUACCGCAAGUCAAAGGUCAGAAAGGCCUUCAAAAAAUUGGACUCCAGUAAAAGUGGUAGAGUGACUGUGACUGACAUCAGGAAGUACUUCAACCGGAAAUUCCGUCCACCCCCACAAGCAGCGGGAGUUACUCCAGAUAUGAAUCCAGUCCAAGCCUUUCUAGAGGCCGUCACUGCAUCAUCCAGACAGGAGAAUGUGUCAUUCGUGGAGUUCGAGGAAUAUUAUGAAGGACUAAGCCUCGCUAUUGAGGCAGAUGAAGAUUUUAUCAACAUUCUUCACAAUACAUGGAAUGUAUGAACAAAAAUCUAGAAAUUCCUUAGAGUUAAUGUCAAUUCCAUAUUUUUUUAAUCGUCAUGGAAGCCAGGUAGUUUCUAUAUCAAUUAAGUCGAAACUAUAGAAGACUUUGACGGGUAGAUAGACCUGCAAAAUUAUGUAGAUUGAAGAGGAAAACAAAAAAUACAACAGCUGAAGUAAACUGAGAAAUUACUUAUACAUGUAGUGAUAUAUAGAAUGUUGGAUGUUAGGGACCAAGUUUUAUAGCUAAAUGCUAUUUAAUUUGACUUUGAUUUACUGCUCUUUAAGCAGCAGGACUGAGGAGAGACAUAUUGUAUUGAACGAGGGACAUCAUGAAAAGACGAUUAUCCCUUUAUAAAACUUUGUCUUUGUUGUGUUGUCAUUUACUUCAAGGCUUAAAUGUAACAACUUUGUUGUUUGUUGUUGUCGGUUCUUUUUUUUUUUAUUUCUGUACAGAAUUACGGGUAGUGUCCACACUAGUGGGCCCCCUUCCAGGUAUGUGGCUAGCUGCACGCAUGGCAGAUCUCACCUCAGAUCUACAUUUUUUCUGGUCUUGAGGGUCGGCAGUAGAGAGCUUCCAUUCUCUACGAUCUUUCUCCGACAGCUCUCUCCAUGAGAGCAUUGGCCGACCAACUCUACAUCUCCAAGGAACUUGUAUGUUUGCACGUUUGACUGCACUGCUGGAUCUGACAACGUGGCCAUACCAGCUGAGUCUCCUUUCCCUUAAGUUGAGGUCAAGGUCAUUGAUGCCAAGCCGCCCCAGCAAUUCAGUUGAACCUGCAGUGGCCAUAUCUUCAAGCUUUGAUGUUACAGAUCUGUCUUUAUAUCAUGGUCCUGUCAUUGUGCAGUAGGUGAUGAAGAUUUGGCUUGGUCAGUGCCCAGGUUUCGCUGGCAUGGAGCAUAGCGCUUUUUAUAGUAUGAUUUUGACUGCUGAAGAAUGAAUGAUCUUGUCAUUGCAAUGGUUUUAUAGUUAGAUUACAUUUACAGUGUAGAUGUAUCCAAUCCAUGCUUGAGUUCUUUUUUUUUUCUGGAGAAGUUGAAACGACCAUAGAUGUGUUUGGGAAACACUAUGUCCGAGAGUGUUUACAAAGUCCAGUUGUGGCGCAUUUGACCUUGACUUUGAUGAAUAAGUUAAUAUACAAUGUAUGUGUCAUAUUGUGUAUUUAUUUCUUGUGCAUAGCUCUUAUCCUUGGACGAAUUUGGCUCCACUUUUUUGGCACGCUGUUUUUGGCUAUAUUUAGCUCUAAAACUUCAUAGUUAUUUCGGAUUUCAAACAUUUCGGUUGAGCAUCACUGAAGAGACAUUAUUUGUCGAAAUGCGCAUCUGGUGCAUCAAAAUUGGUACCGUAUAAGUUUUACAUUGUGUAUGUGAGAUGACGGAUGACAUUGACCUUCAGUUUUCACAUUGCAAAGUAUAAAAUCUCUAUUUGGUAAACCUGUAGUUCAAAAGAUAUGACUUAGAUAAAUUUGCAGAAAAACGUACAAUGUUAACAUAUUGUUGUUGAAAAAAAAAAAAUAAUAAUGGUCAGGAAUUGAAAGUUUUUGAUGAAAUGUGAGAAGAGCUAUCAGAUGAUGUACUUGUAUAUAUUUAUGAAAGGAUUGUGAUUCAUAUAUGAAGGUGUUGCAACAUGAAAUUUUAGAUUUUAUGACUACAUGUUCAUGUUCAUUGAAUGUGGUACCCGUCUUAAGAGAUUAUUAAGGAGGAAUGAAAUUGUUACAAAUUGUAUGCGAAUAAAGUUUGAAAUGCAUUGUU